UGGUGAUCAGCCAGAAUGCGGGGGUGCUCAUGGGGCGGCGGUGGGGUUGGGGGCCGCCCGCCAAUCAUCUUCAACCCAGACUUCUUUGUGGAGAAGCUACGUCACGAGAGACCUGAGGUGUUUCAAGAACUAGUGCUUAGCAACAUCACCCGCCUCAUCGACCUUCCCGGUGCUGAGUUCUCUCUGCUGUUGGGGGACGAGGGAGGGCCCAAGACCCCCAUGGGGGCCGGAGGGGGAUUCUUCCGCUCCUUCAACUUCCUCAAACGUAAAGGUGAGAGAACGGUCAUGAGGAUCAACCAAGGGUGUCUUCACCUGGGGUGUGUUCAGCAGGAUGCAAUGUUGAUACACUAUGUAGAACAAACAUGCCUGUCUGACAUGUAGAAGAAGGAAUCACGGUGGCUUUACUCAUGGAAUUUUUAUCUGCAACGUUUGGCUACUGAACGUGGCCCUGGGUUGCUAUAAUGUUGAAUAAUAAUAUAAAUGUACAGCACUCAGAUUCUCGUCCUUUGGCCGUUGUCAUCGUCACAGAUAAGGAAGUGGUGUUCGGGACUCCUCUGACAGAGGGAGGCAUCGCCCAGAUUUACCAGCUCAUCGAAUACCUCAGCAAGAGUGAGUUGAUCAUGUUGUUGUUACAGAUUCCCAUCUGAAGCAUGAUCCCUGGAUGUAAUUCUCAAAUUCUCUCUUCUUUGUCCUGGCACCCCAAUGGUAGAACCAGCUUCCCCUUGAAGCUAGGACAGUCCCUGCCCGUCUUCUGAAAACAUCUGAAACCCUAUCUCUUCGAAGAGUAUCUUAAAUAAUCCCACAACUCCACAUGGACCUGAGGUGUAGUGUUUCCCUUAGGAUUUCUUUCAGCAGCGGUGUGUGUGUAGAAUUUCCUGCAAUUCUACACAUUUUCCCAUGGGGCGGAAAGGAAAUGUUAAUUUAAAGCUAGACUCAGUGAUAUGAUGUAGAUGCAGAAAGUAAACAACAUAGUGGGUCAAUAUCCGCAACAACUAAGAGCGUUGAAGCAAGAGGCUCAACUUGUCCACUGUUUUUGUGCCCAGGCUAAACAUGCGCAGGGUGUACAUGCGCUUAUACUGUGUGACCAUGCGAGAGUGAAGUCUUGCAUCUCGCUCGUCUCAAUAUCUGCGGUGCUGCUCGUGGCAAUGUCAUUUCGCUAAGGCUACCUUUAAAUCUAGUUUCCUGCAAUUCUACACAUUUUGCCAUGGCUUAUGCCCUGUUAUUAUGCUAUCUGAGUGACCCAAACAUUAGAACAAAAUCGUUGGUGCCAUGACAUUUUUUUGAUUUUUUGAUUCUCACUGACUGUCUAGUUUUUAUUUUGAUUGUUAAUUCUCAAAGAUGAUUUUAUUUUUAAAAAAUAUAUAGCUCCAUUAUCUUUUCUACACUGAACAAAAAUAUAAACGCAACAUGUAAACUGUUGGUCCCAUGUUUCAUGAGCUGAAAUAAAAGAUCCCAGAAAUGUUCCAUACGCACAAAAAGCUUAUUUCUCUCAAAUGUUGUGCAUAAAUUUGUUUACAUCCCUGUUAGUGAGCAUUUAUCCUUUGCCAAGAUAAUCCAUCCACCUGACAGGGGUGGCAUAUCAAGAAGCUAAUUAAACAGCAAGAUCAUUACACAGGUGCACCUUGUGUUGGGGACAGUAAAAGUCCACUCUAAAAUGUGCAGUUUUGUCACAAAACACAAUGCCUCAAGUUUUGAGGGAGCAUGCAAUUGGCAUGCUGACUUCAGUAAUGUCCACCAGAGCUGUUGCCAGCUCUACCAUAAGCUGCAUCCAACGUCAAGUUUCAGCAUGAUAAUGCUGUGCCCGAUGUCGCAAGGAUUUGUACACAAUUCCUGGAAACUGAAAAUGUCCCAGUUCUUCCAUGGCCUGCAUACUCACCAGACAUGUCACCCAUUGAGCAUGUUUGACAUGCUCUGGAUUGACGGCGUGUUCCAGUUCCCACCAAUAUCCAGCAACUUCGCACAGCCAUUGAAGAGGAGUGGGACAACGUUCCACAGGCCACAAUCAACAGCCUGAUCAACUCUAUGCGAAGGAGAUGUGUCACGCUGCAUGAGGGAAAUGGUGGUCACACCAGAUACUGACUAGAUUUCUGAUUCACACCCCUACCUUUUUUUAAGGUAUCUACAUUUACAUUUUAGUCAUUUAGCAGACGCUCUUAUCCAGAGCAAUUAGGGUUAAGUGCCUUGCUCAUGGGCACAUAGACAGAUUUUUCACCUAGUCGGCUCGGGAUUAGAACCAGCGACGUUUCGGUUACUUAACCACUAAGCUACCUGCUGUGACCAACAGAUGCAUAUAUGUAUUCUCAGUUAUGUGAAAUCCAUAGAUUAGGGCCUAAUUUAUUUAUUUCAAGUGACUGAUUUCCUAUAUUUUUUAUUUAUUUAUAUUAUGAAUUAUAUUUUGGUUAAGUAUACAUAAUUUAUAUCUGGUUUUAGUGGUUUAAGUUUACACUGAAAAUGUUUUACCCCCCAAAAAAUAAUGUUAAAAAAUAUGUACAUUUUGAAACCAUCUUUUUUGGAGUGCCGGGAAAGAUUUAUCAGUGGUGACCCGCCGCUGCUAAAUGAGUGUAGGGGAAACACUGCUGAUUGAUUCACUACAUAUUUGUUUUAUUGACUGAUUCAUUAUUAGACCUGCACGGUAAGGGCCUGUUCAGGGUGCUAGGUGGUUGAUUGAUUAUUAAUUAAUUUAUUGAUUGAUGAUCAGACCUGCAGGUGGAGGGUCUGUUCAGGGUGCCGGGUAACAGUGUACGGCAGCAGGCCCUGAAGGAACAGCUGAACAGUGGGGCAGACAUCGACCUGGAGGCAGGGGGCUUCCACCCCAACGACGUGGCCACCCUCCUCAAGACCUUCCUGGGAGAGCUACCUGAACCCCUCCUCACGCACCAACACUUCAACGCUCACCUCAAAAUAGCAGGUCCCCCUGUCUGAGCACCUCCCCACUCUCUCUCCUGUAGCACUUUUUUGUUUUCACAAACCUCACCUCAAAAACAUCUCACCCUGGCGCUCAAUAAUCAGUGGCAUUGAUGUUCACAGUUUUUAAUAUACCUGUACCCCAUGAGACCCAUAUUGAAGUGUGUUGUGUGUGUUCUCCCUCUCUUCUCCUCUCCCCCUUCUCUCCUCUCCCCCCUCCAUUCCCCCAGACAUGACUCUGUUUGAUGAGAAGGGCAACAAGACGUCAGUACCUGAUAAGGAGCGUCAGAUUGAAGCCUUCCAGCUCCUCUUCCUGCUGCUGCCCCAGGCCAACCGCAGCCUCCUCAAACUGAUCCUGGACCUGCUCUACCACACCGCCAAGCAGCAGGACAAGAACAAAAUGUCCGCCUUCAACCUCGCUCUCAUGUUCGCCCCCCACGUCGUAUGGCCCAGAAAUGUAUGUACUGUAACUCAAAUUCAAAUCGGAUGUAUUUUAUGAAGCCCAUUUUAAAUCAGAAGUUGACGCAAAGUGCUUUACAGAUACCCAGCGUAAAACCUCAAAGAGAAAGCAGUGCAGAGGCAGAAGCAGAGUGACUAGGAAAAACACCUGAAACUGGACUGUGCUGUGAUUAUUUAUCAUGUAGAUCAGGGUUUCCCAAACUCGUUCCUGCAACUUAUUAUCUCUGCAUUCAAUUUAGAUGUGAAUAUAAACCAUAAUAAUUAGGUGGGUGCUUAUAUUUGACACAUGUAGUGUUAUUAUACGCAUGUAUGAAUUAGAUAUUUUUUGGGGCAUAUCCCAACUCCCCCUGAGAGAGUGGGGUCACGGUCUGCCGUUAUCAACAGCGACCCUGUAGCAAUUAGGGUUAAGUGCCUUUAUCAAGACACAUCAACAGAUUUUUCACCUUGUCGGUUCAGGGAUUUGAACUAGCGACCUUUCUGUGACUGGCCCAACGCUCUAACCGCUAGGCCACCUGCUGCCUCUGAUUGAUUGAGGUCAUUCAGCUAAGGUAAUUGAUGUGAAUAUAUAUAUAUACAGUACCAGUAAAAAUCCUACUCAUACAAGGGUUUUUCUUUAUUUUUACUGUUUUCAACAUUAUAGAAUAAUAGUGAAGACAUCAAAUCUAUGGAAUCAUGUAGUAACGAAUAGGUGUGUCCAAACUUUUGACUAUUUAUAGCUAUGUGUCUGGGUAAAAAUAACAUUUUUGUUUUAUUCUAUAAACUACUGACAACAUUUCUCCCAAAUUCCAAAUAAAAAUAUUGUCAUUUAGAGCAUUUAUUUGCAGGAAAUGACAACUGGUCAAAAUAACAAAAAAAAUAUGUAGCGUUGUCAUACCUCGAAUAAUGCAAAGAAAAUAAGUUCUUUAAACAACACAAUAAUAAUGUUUUAACUUAGGAAGAGUUCAGAAAUCAAUAUUUGGUGGAAUAACCCUGAUUUUCAAUCACAGCUUUCAUGCGUCUUGGCAUGCUCUCCACCAGUCUUUCACAUUGAUGUUGGGUGACUUUAUGCCACUCCUGGCGCAAAAAUUCAAACAGCUCGGCUUUGUUUGAUGGCUUGUGACCAUCCAUCUUCCUCUUGAUCACAUUCCAGAAGUUUUCAAUGGGGUUCAGGUCUGGAGAUUGGUCUGGCCAUGACAGGGUCUUGAUCUGGUGGUCCUCCAUCCACACCUUGAUUGACCUGGCUGUGUGGCAUGGCGCAUUGUCCUGCUGGAAAAACCAAUCCUCAGAGUUGGGGAAAAAUGUCAGAGCAAAAGGAAGCAAGUUUUCUUCCAGGACAACCUUGUACGUGGCUUGAUUCAUGCGUCCUUCACAAAGACAAAUCUGCCCGAUUCCAGCCUUGCUGAAGCACCCCCAGAUCAUCACCGAUCCUCCACCAAAUAAUAUCACAAUGGGUGCGAGACACUGUGGCUUGUAGGCCUCUCCAGGUCUCCGUCUAACCAUUAGACGACCAGGUGUUGGGCAAAGCUGAAAAUUGGACUCAUCAGAGAAGAUGACCUUACUCCAGUCCUCUACGGUCCAAUCCUUAUGGUCUAUUGCAAACCUCAGCCUGACUCUUCUUUGUUUCUCAUUGAUUAAGGGCUUUUUUCUAGCUUUGCACGACUUCAGCCCUGCCCCUAGGAGCCUGUUUCGAACCGUCCUCGCCGUGCACUUCACCCCAGCUGCCGUUUGCCAUUCUUUUUGUAGGUCACUUGAUGUCAUCCUACGGUUGUUGAGUGACAUUCAAAUGAGUUGGCGGUCAUCCUGGUCAGUAGAGAGUAGUUUUCGCCCUCUGCCGGUCUGUAGCUUUGUUGUCUCCAAUGUCUGCUGCUUGACCUUGUUCUUAUGAACCGGCGUGUUUGAAAUUUUAAGGAUGGAAGCAACCUGACGCUCACUGUAUCCCUCUGCCAGUAAAGACAGAAUUGAACCCUUCUUUUCCUCACUCAAAACGUUCCUUUUCAACUCUUUUGGCAUGGUCAAUAGUUAUUUUUUGAUUCAUAUUACUUUUGAGGUACUAUUAGCACUGUUUUUCCAUCCAGCUGGUCCUAUUGCAGAGGAUAGUGAUGACCACAGCAGUGGUUUUUAUACUUUUCCUCGUUAAAUAAGAUUUGGUUCAUGUGAUCACCUAAUCAGUACCUAAAAAAAAAAAAUAUAUAUAUAUAUAUAUAUAUAUAUAUAUAUAUAUAUAUAUAUAUAUAUAUAUAUAUAUAUAUAUAUAUAUAUUCAUUCAUUUUCUAUUUGAUACAGAUGGUGGCCAGUGACCUCCAGGAAAAUCUGAAGAAGCUAAACUACGGCAUGGCCUUCCUCAUCAAACACUCCCAGAAACUAUUCAGGGUCAGAGAGACUAACUUCACACACAAUAUUCUGUUAGCCAGUUUCCCCAACCCAGAAUAAGCCUAGUCCAGAGGGGUAUUCUACAAAGCAUUCUAUAAAGUUAGCCAACUAACUUGCCUAAAUAUUCUGAUAACUUUUUGUUUUUUUAGAAAGAUAAUCUUGAAAUGUGCAUGGUCUAAUUGAUUCAACAAACAAAGACAGAUCUAAGUGUAGCAUUUUCUUUUUUAUGAAGCAGGAAAUCUAUAGUUAUUUCUGGUUGCUUAUCAAAGUUAGCUGGCUAACUCAUUGGUCCUGCUUUGUAGUAUACCACACUGGACUAAAACACUCCAUUGAGAAUACCUCAUACUACUGGCUUCAACUGUGUCUGGGAAACCGGCCCAGUUGUCAGUGUUAUUGAAUAAGAUCUGGGGAACAUGGGCUACAAUAAUGUAAUAAUAUGAUAUCCUGUGUGUGUGUGUGUGUGUGUGUGUGUGUGUCUGCUCAGGCUCCUGUGUACAUGAGAGAGCAUGCCAGAAUGCUCUUCACAGGAUCUAAGAGCCUGCAGACCAAGGUUAGUAGUAGGACUUGUUUACGUCAACUAUACCAUUAAAAGAUGUUGCACAAACAAAGGACCAUAUUAGAUCAAACCGGGGCCUGUAUUCAUAAAGCGUCUCAGAGCAGGAGUGCUGAUCUAGGAUCAGGUCCCCCCUUUUCCAUUCGUUAUAAUCUACAAGGCCAAACUGAUCCUAGAUCAGCACUCCUCUGAGACGCUUUGUGAAUACAGGCCCUGUAUAGGUGUAAGCAACCCAGUUUACCAGGAUGUUAGGUGGAGCUAUGGCCCAAACUGCUUACAGCUCCCCAGUCCUUUCAGAUCUACCAGGGCCUAUUAGAAGUGUCUUGCUGUAGUUUUGGGUCUAGGUGUAGAUCAACCUAAUCUCCCUCUAAACUGAAAUAGGAUCUGUCCUAAAUGGCACCCUAUUCCCUUUAUAGUGCACUACUUUAGACCAGGGCCCAUAGGGGGAAUAGGGUGCCAUUUGGGAUGUAUCCAUAUACUCAUGUUGUGAUGGAAACCAAUAACCCCUUUCCCACCCCUCUCCCUCCCACCCACCUCCGUUAGGAUGAUAUAGACCUGUUACCUGUGACUGGUUCCCCUGCCCCUGUUCCCCUGCCCCUGAAGAGGUGUUGGGCUGACCCGUCUCAGUACCUGUCCCCCUCCCAAUACCCCUCCUCGUCCUCGUCCCAGGGCCAGCAGCACCACACAGAGGAGUCCCUGAAGGAGCUGUUCAGACACGUCUAUGACAACAUGCCCAACUCUGCCAAGAAGAAGAAACUCCUAAUACAGGUACUGACAGCCAGACUGCUUCUUAAUACUCUCUUUCUGUUCCUCGUCUCCUUUUCUAUACAAGGCAGAUUUCUAAUUUGAUGUAGAUUAGAAGGACUGGCUAAAGCCCAAUAUCCUGUCUCCUCCUCCUCCUCCUCCUUUUCAUCCUCCUCCUCCUGCAGCUUGCCAAACAGACCACCCCCGGCCCGGCCCCCCCAGGGACACCCAUCAACAACUAUCAGACCCCCCCGGCCCAGAGCAAGAAACACCCCCGCUCCCGCUCCUUCGGUGGAUUCAUCAAGGUGUGUGUGUGUGUGCGUGCGUCAUUGUGUUUAUGUGUAUUUGAAUUACAAUUGUAAAUGUUGUACUUUGUAUCCAAUGUGAACUUAGUAUGUGGUAGUCACUAUCUGCUACAUCAUAACUGUUCUGUGUAUUGUAUAUGACGAUCUUGUAAGGGCAAUUCCUCCACUUUUCAACCUCGUAUUCAUUAUGCCCAGCACCAUACCAGUGAAAACGGGGCAUUUCUAAGUUUUCUAGUUAAAAGGUUCUACUCUAUAACGUUAUCAAAAAAGCUUUUCCUGGAAAAGUGAAGGUUAAAUAACUGUUCUGUCAACUGUCCUACCCUCCUGAUCAAAUGAACCAAUGAAAACAGAGGAGACAUAAGGGGGACCAACUGGCGUUGGAGAGGAGGGGCAGACACAUCUCCCCGGAGAUGGUUGCUGCGGCGACGGGACGUCAGGGAAAGGAGAACGUCGUCCUGCAGUCGGUGAGCGACAUUGACACACAAGGAGACCUCACACACAAAUAAACACACUUCCUGCUUGUCCACAGCUUCCUUGUUUCUUCUGGAUGUUCAUGAAGUGUGUGUCUGUGUGUGUGUCUGUGUGUGUGUGUGUGUGUGUGUGUGUGUCUCUCCAGGUGAACAGUCCGGUGACAGUGAAUAAUAAUACUCCAGUGGGGGUCAAGGCCUCUGAUAGCAUGGCCCUCAAUAGAGAGAGGGUACUCAAAGUAUCAAAGGUAUGUUCCUUUGGGUUUAUAACAUGGCAAUUCCGACUUCUAUAUAUACAUUUACAUACACAUGUUUUUGUAUAUGUUUUAUAUAUUUUCUGAUACACUUCAAUGUAAUCAUUCAACAUUACAGUACAGCCACAUUUCCACAUCUUGUGAGCUUUGUUAACUUUACACUAUGAUAUAUUAUGUCUGUUUUGUCCUGUGUCUCAUUCAUCUUCUUUAUCUCUCGCUUUCUCUCCCCCUCCCUCCCUCCCUCCCUCCAGGACUCUCCAUCCAUCUCCAGAAUGUGUUUCUCUCCCUCCCUAGAAACCUCGAUGUAAAGGAUUGGUACUAGCAACACUGGACUUGUUUUUUUUGUGUAUUUUAACUAAAAUAUAUUUUAACUUUCUAAAGCUGUGACAAAUACAACAACAUUGGUCUCCAGCAAGACAUGGGUUGCAUCCCAAUAAUCUCUCCUUUCUCC